AUGUACCUAGCAUGGAAAGCCAAUCCCGACGACGUCCACGUAUCAUGGCAGACGUACUUUCGCAACAUGGAGGACCCCACGGUCCCUGCAACAAAAGCCUUCCAACCGCCUCCUGGGUACAUAUCAACUCGAGACACCCAACUCACGCCCACACUAAGCUCAGCUAGUUCGAGUGAAGUCGUCAAUUACCUCAAGACUCAAAGAAUCAUUCGAGUAUUCCAGGAAUAUGGCCACACACGCGCUAAUAUUAACCCCCUGGGCCCUAUUGGCAACUCUACAAUCCAACCACAUCCCGAUCUUCCUAGCACGACGAACCUAACAAAGUACGGCUUCACCUCAGCUGACUUGGACAGAGACGUGGCAUUAGGCCCCGAAGUCCUUCCGCAUCUAGCGGAGGAACACAAGACGAUGAAACUCCGCGACAUCAUUACUGCGUGCGAAGAAACAUACUGCGGCUCUUUCGGCGUAGAAUAUCAUCACAUCUCCAACUCGGACAAACGCGAGUGGAUCCGCCAACGCAUCGAAUCCUACAAUGCUCGUCCUUCAGUUGAGGAGAAAAAGCGCAUUCUUGACAGUCUGGUGUGGGCGACCAGCCUUGAGCGUUUCUUGGCAGCCAAAUUCCCUAAUGAGAAGCGCUUCGGCCUCGAUGGUGCAGAGGGUCUGGCCCCGGGUCUAGCGGCGCUGAUUGAUCGCUGCGCCGAAGCGCACGGCGUCCAAGAUAUUGUCAUCGGCAGCUGCCAUCGUGGAAGGAUGAAUGUUAUGAGCACAGUCUACGGCAAGGAUUUUGGGACGCUAUUCCGACAGUUCGCCGGAACUGCCGAGUUCGACACGGCAAACGGACAGACGGGUGAUGUCAAGUAUCAUUUUGGUAUGGAGGGAUCGAGGACGACGGCCGGCGGAAAGGAGGUGGGCAUCUCCAUGCUGCCGAAUCCCUCUCACCUCGAGGCCGUUGACCCCGUCGCGCAGGGGAAGGCCAAAGCUGUGCAGCACCUAAAGGAAGACGUCGACCAGUCGAAAGUCAUGUUCAUGGCCCUCCAUGGCGAUGCCGCUUUCUCCGGUCAGGGCCCCGUGUAUGAGACUCUGAACCUCUCGGGGCUUAAGGGUUACGAGGUCGGCGGAACGGUUCGUCUGAUGGUGAACAACCAGAUCGGCUUCACGACGGAUUCUCCCGACUCCAGGUCCACGCCGUACUGCUCUGACCUGGCAAAGUACAUUGAGGCGCCGAUAUUCCAUGUCAAUGCCGACGAUCCUGAAGCCGUCGUCUUUCUGUGUAAACUCGCGGCGGACUGGAGGGCGGAGUUCCGUUCCGACGUGGUCAUUGACGUGAACUGCUACCGUCGUUUCGGACAUAACGAGAUUGACCAAGCGAGCUUCACGCAGCCGGAGAUGUAUAAAAAGAUUGCGGAGCAGAAGCCGCUUAUGGAUAAGUAUAUCGAGAAGCUUGUGGCUGAGGGGACCAUGUCGGCUGAAGUUAUUGAAGAGCAGAAGAAAUGGGUUUGGGACCAACUUGAAGAGAAGUUGACGCGGAGUAAACAGCCCGUGGACGGCAAACAGAACACUGCUGCUGAAGCAGUCGAUGAGAUUUCAACAGCUUCUUAUUCGACGGCCGUGGAAGAGAAGACACUUUCCACGAUUGCUGAGACCAUCACCAGAGUACCAGAGGGCUUCAGUCUGCACCGGAACCUACAGCGGAUCCUGGCUGUAAAGAAGCAGGCCUUUGACGCCGGUAUCGUAGACUGGUCUACAGCUGAGGCCCUCGCUUUCGGCUCUCUUGUUAUGGAAGGCAAGCCAGUCCGAAUCGGCGGCCAGGACGUGGAGCGCGGUACAUUUUCGCAGAGACACUCCGUCCUGCACGAUCAGAUUACACACGCCGAGUACACGCCGCUGAACCACCUCCAGGAGAAUCAGGCCGCAAGGUACACUGCCAUGAACUCCCCUCUAAGCGAGUUCGGCGUGCUGGGAUUCGAUUACGGCUACUCUCUUGCCGCGCAGGACUCUCUGGUGAUGUGGGAGGCGCAGUUCGGCGACUUUGUCAACAACGCACAAGUCAUCGUCGACCAGUUCAUCAGCUCAGGAGAGGCCAAGUGGCUGUUGAAGAGUGGACUCGUCAUGUCUUUGCCCCACGGAUACGAUGGGCAGGGACCGGAACACUCUUCCGCUCGGCUAGGUAGGUUCCUCGAGCUGGGCAACGAGGAUCCCCGUCAGUGGCCGGCGGAUACUUUGAAGGCGAGGAGAGAUUGCAAUAUGCAAAUCGUGUACAUGACCACGCCGGCGAACCUGUUCCACGCGUUGAGGAGACAGAUUCACUCUCCGCACAAGAAGCCCCUCGUAAUAUUCUUCUCAAAAUCCCUUCUUCGCCACCCCUUGGCGAGGUCAUCCAUGCAGGACCUUACAGGUACCUCUGCCUUUCAGCCAGUUAUUCCAGAUCCGGAGCACGACACCUCAAUUGCUUCCAAAGAAAAGAUUGAACGUGUCAUUCUCUGCAGCGGCCAGGUAUAUGCUUCUCUACACAAGUACCGCGAAGCCAACGGUAUCAAGGACGUAGCCAUUACCCGAAUCGAGGAGCUUCACCCCUUCCCCUGGGCCGAAGUCAAGGAGAACUUGGACUCGUACCCGAACGCCAAGACGGUGGUCUGGUGCCAAGAGGAACCGUACAAUGGUGGUGCGUGGCAGUACAUGCGUGACAGGCUAGAGACUGUGGCCGCCGAGUCGGAAAGUCACAAGUUCAGCCGCAUCGUGUAUGCUGGUCGUGGCACUGGUGCGGCAGCGGCGACGGGGUCGAAGAAGGCGCAUCAGGCGGAAGAGGACAGGUUGCUGGAGGAUGCGUUCGGGGUUGGCCGUUAG